AUGGACACGGAGUUCUCAGACCAAGAACCAAGCUCCCAAGAGCUGGGUUUAGAGGAAAUAACCACGAAACUUUUAUUUCUUGACAAAUGGAGAGACAUCUUUAGUUAUCACAGGUUGGGAACCAAUAACACAACUUCCCAGAAAUGCGGAGGCGACCCUGGAGCUGUUGAUGAAGUUGGGGCAGGCCUACUGCAGCGCAAGGGACAGGGACAUUUGCCAUCCAGCAGCCUUUGUUCUGUUCCCAAGCCCUCUAUCAUCUCUUCAAAACUGGGCGGCUCUCUCAUCUCCCUAGCGAUGGCCACAAAGCUGCGGGAGAGCAUCUUUGGAACUACUGCUCAUGUCUUCAGCUGGGACUGGAGAAAGGCCCACUUCAAGUUCCGCGAUCCUUUUUCUGAUGUGGCGUUUGCUUUGGAAGUAGGAAAGGGAGGUGCCCGGAGCAUUCAGAUGGCUGUGCAGGCAUCAAUCAUCAAACACUUGCUGUUUCCUGCAAAGGGAAUGGACUGUCCCUUUCACAGCUUACAUGACUUAAGUAGGCAGAAGCAGGAGCAAGCUCUGGCUGCAGCCCUGGCUGGCAUCCUGUGGGCUGCAGGUGCAGCUCAGAAAGCCACUGUCUGUCUUGUUGCUGAGGAUGCCUGUGUUGCUUGGACUCCUGACUCCCCAGGAGAUGACUUCACUGAUCGGCUCCAGCUGUUUGAGUUCUCAGAGAAGGAAGCCACUGAGAAAUUCAUCUGUGAUCAUUUACAAUGUUUCAAAGGGGAAGGAAGCCAUGGCGUCAUCCUGUUUCUCUACAGCCUUGUCUUCUCCAGAACAUUUGAAAGGUUACGAAACGACUUGGACAUCACCACAACGCAUCUGUUGCAACCAAAUGCAGGAGGCUUCCUGUGCAGGCAGGCAGUCCUGAACUUGAUUUUAACUGGAACAGCAAGCCCCAAUGUCUUCAAUGGCUGUGAGAAGGACGAGUCCCAGGAAACGCUCCGAGGGGUCGUAAUUCGCAGCGACAUUGGCUAUUUGCAGUGGGGUAAGGACGCCUCGGAGGACGACAGACUUUCACAGGUGGGCAGUAUGCUAAAAACUCCCAAAUUACCCAUUUGGCUGUGCAGCAUCAAUGGAAAUUACAGUGUCCUUUUUUGCACAAACAAGCAGCUCUUAUCAGACUGGAAAAUGGAGCGUCUCUUUGAUCUGUACUUUUACAGCGGCCAGCCCUCCCAGAACAAGCCUGUGCAUCUCACAAUAGAUACUCACUCCCACCUCUGGGAAAGGGAUCAGUCUGAAGAUCAACAUAGGACAGGAAGACGCUUUUUUCCAGUGGAGAUGUUGAUCAGAACCAAGUGGAGAGAGGCCACCAUCACUUGGAAUGGGGCUACUCCUUUUUGCUAA